AUGCCAUGGCCUGCGAUGGUCAACAACGACGACGUGCAGCAACUAUCGACACCUUUUUUCCCAUUCAAGUGCCCAACCGCCCGUGACCGCAGAAAGAGCCCCAUCGCCUUCGGCUGCGAGCACGCAGGCGCCAUCAUCGCUCCUUCCAUGCCCUCGACCUCCACCAGGUGUUCCCCUGCCGAUCAAUUUAGGGUCUCAAAUCACCUGCGCCGCACUCGGCAAUACGCUUUUCGAAACGCACUCAUCAAGGCUCUCAAAGAGCACCCUAUUCCCAACGUCAAGCCUCCACAGUCCAGCACUCUGCAACGACUUGCCGAACACCUGCAUGAAAAGCACUGGACACGAUUCCCGAAUGCCAAGUCAAUUAAACAGAUUCGAUCGAUUGGGGCCGCUAAGCUCAAGCCGUUUCAUGAACAAACCUGGUUCGUCUUCGAACGCGUCAAUGAGGAGAUCCGGUAUGACCCGCCGAGUAAUGCAGCCUUGGCUACGCCUCGUCUGCGAACCGGCGCACGUAGACGCGCCAGUUCCCGCGCUCCUGCAAAUGGUGAGCCUGAGUCAUCAACGACAUCCCCUUCUGAACCCAUCACCGGCCCAGGGUCCUCCGCUAAUGUGGAGGACAGCGCUGAGACAUCAGAUCCACCAUUGCACCCUGAAGCAACAUCAGACAUCAUGCCCUCAUCACAACCGCAGCCGUCACCACAACAGCAACAACAGCAGCCACUCCAUGAUGGUGCUCAAGCUGAGCCCGAGCCUGGGGACGCUUCCCCCAUGCAGCUUCUGAUGGCCUUUCACGAGCACCAAGUGCAGACCAAUCGAACCCUUGACUUUGAGCUAUGCCACCAUGCCCGGUUACCAUGUGCGGGCAGCUAUCGCACCCCGCUGGCCUCCCUGUAUCUGCUGGAGGGCGCACAAAUACUCUACUGGAACCCCCUCGUGGCACCGACACCACUAAAUUGUCACGAAUGUGGUACCCAGCUAUCAGCCUUGCCAGCAUCGUGUCCUCGGAGUGCCAACUGGUCCAAGUUGUUCCCCAUCGAACACGAGGGCGCAGAGCCACGAUUUGCCUCCUUUCGCGUCGUUCGCUGCCCAAACGAUGAUUGUGCCCUGCGCUUGAAGAAGAAAGGGCAAAAGUCUGCCCAAUCCUUUCACUCCGGCCUGGAAGCCGUGCUCGAGGCCAUGCCUACCUCAUUGGCAUCCAUGUUUGAGCUCCACAUCGGCUCGCGCAACCCAAAGGCAUUCUAUAGCAUGCCAUUCUACACCCGCGUCUUUGAGUCGCUUUGUGGAAAUGUACUGUUGGAAAAGUUGUACCGGAAGCUGCCUGAGACGGCUUCCAAGCGCCCUCGCUUCAGGUGCGCGCGAGGCUCAAGUGGCAACGAAAGUCUUCAUCAACGCCUGGCCGCAGCCAUUCCCAUUGGCACACGUGAUCCAAGUGCAGCCGGGGCACUCGUCGCUGUCCUUUUUCGCAUCGCCUAUGAUGCUGGCAUCGAAGCAGGCCUGUACACGAAUGAGGGCCAUCACUACGUUGCUCUCAGCGCACGACGCAACGAAAUUUAUCGCAGGUUAUUCAAGGAUCAACCGGACCCAGCACGUCUCCCACCCUGGGAUGUCACCAUGCCCGUGCCCCUGGAGCUUUUCCACCCUAUGCAGCCAACUCUUGGAGCUACAACAGAUCAAGUCAAGGACGUAAAUUUGGGCAUAGAUCAACAGGAGUAUGAGGUGGCAAUGCAGCAAUUCCAGGACACUUGUUCCAGGAUUGCUGAUGCAAGAUUGCGACGCAAUGGCGAGUCGCCGCAGCAACCCAUGCCCGUGCCACGUUCGCCGGUCUCGCACGCGGAGGCAUGUCGUGCCAAUCGACAGCUGCACAUUCAAAAGACAACCAUCGCUCAGGUUGUCUCGGGUGUGGAUGGCACCACGGGGACAGCAGUAUCAGCAACACCAGUGGUCUCGGCACCGUCAACGACAGCCUCUUUGGUUCCAGCUGCCAAGAGCGCUGAAACGGCUUGUGGCCCGUCGAGCACCUCCGCAUCAGGUGGCUUGACAUCAGGCGCCGGGGUCGGCGCAUCACCUGGAGCUGAACUUGCAGCUGCGCAGCACUUGGCCCAACUUAUUGCCCAGCAAGCUGGCCAGUACAAUGCACACCUCCUGGCACAAUACAUGACCUGGGCUGCUCAACUCCAGUACACUGUGCAACUGGCGCAGUCGGCACAGCAGGCUCAGCAGCCACCGCAGACUCAGCAGCCACUGCAGGCUCAGCAGCCACCGCAGACUCAGCAGCCACCGCAGGCUCAGCAGUCACCGCAGGCUCAGCAGUCACCGCAGGCUCAGCAGUCACCGCAGGCUCAGCAGUCACCGCAGGCACAGCAAGUGCCAUCGCAACCGCCUGUGAACAGUGAGGGCAGGAGACCAGGCUUGCAACACGUAUGUGCGAUGCGUCACUGUUUGCUGAACCCGUGUGGCAAGAGAUUGGCUUUUCUGUGUGUGCUCACUUGCUGCUGGUCAUGGUGUGCCUCCUACAGCAUGGAAAACGAAAAUACAAUCUUUGCUCGGUUUGUUUUCGCCCUGCCAUCGGCCACCAACGGAAGUGGUGCCCCGUCAAGCAGCAGCCAAGGGGUAAGCCUGCUGCUGCCGCUGCUGCUGCUGCUGCUGCCACAUCUGCCACAUCUGCCGCAUCUGCCACAUCUGACGCAGUCGCCACCUCUCAGCUUCCUCAAAGCAAUCCGAACUUAUGAUCGAAUCUCUGAAAACAAUGUCAUGUCAAAACCACUUUUUGCUGAAUGA